UGAAAAUGUUAUUUUCUUCUUCUACAUAAUGACAAAUACAUUGUUUUGCAUUUGCAAAGGUAUCGCGACACCAUGAGCUGAAUAGCCUAAUAAUGAUUUAUUUCAUUUUGAUGUCUAGUUAUUUCGAUAAAAAUGUUCAAUGAUCCUAAGAACUGAUCCAGAGUCGCUUUGUUCUAACGUUACUUGUGAACAUUUGAAACAGAUACUAAGAACGUAUCCCAAAUCCUCUGAAGCGGACCGAAUCUAUCCAAUAUGGCCGAAGUGAAAACGGAUCUCUCGAUUUCGGGUGCAGAUUUUACAGGAAAUACUUUCGUUGUGCUGUAUUUGUGAAGGGCUGCCAUUUUACCGAGCUUACGGUAAGAAAGAGUUGGUUGUGAUGCGUACACGUUCAUUGCACAUAUUCCGCUGUUGCUUGCUGAUCAUAACUGGAACACUGCAAAAGAAAGUGUUUCAUGGAAAAACAACCAUCAAUUGUUUUUCUGUCUUUGACUGAUUGGCUUAUUGCCGUGGCUCAGUCUAAUAAGCUUAACGUUAGCUUGAUGCUAACUCGCUUGUGUGCUAACGUUACUCCGUUUUGACGGCUAACCAGGCAAAACAUGAGCAGUUGAUUGAGUCAAACUCGUUUUUUGGCUUGCCUAGCCAGCUGCUUUUUCCAUCUAGCCAGCCACCUAACGUUAGCUAUGGUAAGCUAGCCCCAAGCACAGGCCUUAACCAUAACGUUAUAUAGCUAGCAAGCUAAGUAAAUAUAUCUAGCUAGCUAACGUUACUGUAACGUUAUAAGUCCACAUGGUCACUCAAAUUUUUUUUUUUUUUAGCCAGGAAUGGAUUGCUUUGCUACCAUUGAUCUGUUUUUAUAACAUUUGUCUGUCAGUAUCAACAGUAUGAACCAUGAGUGACCAAGUGGUCCAGCUCUCCUCAGCCUUCCACCAUGAGGACAUGCUUCAGUCUCUGCACCAGCUCAGACUGCAUGGCCACCUGUGUGAUGUCACAGUCCAGGUGGACUUCCAGGGUGAGCUGGAAGAGUUUGAGGCUCACCAGGCGGUCCUAGCUGCCUCCAGCGGCUACUUCAAGAACAUCCUACUGGCCCCGGACCCACCCAAGAAACUAUUCUUGGGGAACGUUCGAACCACUGAUUUCACCAGGUUCUUGGAAUAUGUAUACACAGGCAAACUGGAGGUUGAUAAAGAGUUUGCUAAAGACAAGAUUGGUGUAAUAUAUGAAGUGGCGACACUGUUGGAGUGUAAGAGCCUUGUCCAGGCUUGCAUCUCGGUUCUCGAUGAAGGCAGCUUGAGUCUGCACAGGGUUGAAACAUCCAUGUCACAAGACAUGGAAGCUGGUUUGGAUGAUGUAGGGGAGGAGGAUGGGGCGCUGUGGGUCGGAGUCAACAAAGUUCCCAAAAUAGCCCCCACCAAGAGGCUGACCCCUCCAACAAAACCAGAGAGAGGGGAGAAAAGGGCAAAGGUCACGGUCACAGCCGAGGAGGAGAGGUCAGAGGCGAAUAAAGACACUGAGGUCUCUGGGAGGAGGAGUAACAGGCUGGCAGGGCGCAGAGUCUUCAUUGACAUUCCUAAGAAGAAGUACGUGAGGAAGAUGAAGGACCAGACCAAGGCGCAGAUGGAAGAUCUGCCUGACAACACUCAGACAACCAGUCAGGAGGAGAACACUGACAACACACAGGAGGCAGAAGAGGCCCUUCCAGAGCUGCUGCCUGAAAAAGAGGGGGCGGGACUGGAGUCAACAGACGUCGAUGAUGAAGAUGAGGUGGAAGAGGGAGAUGCACCAGAGGAUUGUCCAGAUGACUCCCUCUUCUUGCCCAGCAAGGAAGAGGAGGGUGAGGAGGAGGGAGAGGAGCGUACCACCAACAGACCAUCCAGACGUAUUGACACUCAAUACAAGUGUGACAAAUGUCAACGGACCUUCCACUAUGAGAAGAGCUACCUGAAGCACAUCAAGACGAGCCACAGUGUGCAGGGGGAGGUGACGUACCGUUGUGACACCUGCCAGCAGACCUUCGCCAACCGCUGCAACCUGAAGAUCCACCAGAGACACGUCCACAGUGACGAGAGACUGUUCCCCUGUGACGUCUGCACCAAGACCUUCAAACGCAAGAAGGACGUGACGCGCCACCGACGACAGGUGCAUGAGGGAGGCGGUGAGCGGCACACCUGUCUUGUGUGUAACAAGGCUUUGAGCUCUAAGACAGCGUUGACGCUACAUGAGAGAACACACACAGGAGACAAGCCCUACUCCUGCACUGACUGUGAGGCCAAGUUCUCCCAGAGCUCAGCCCUCAAGACACACCGCAGGACUCACACAGGAGAGAAGCCUUUUGCCUGUGACCAGUGUGAUGCGAGGUUCACCCAGAACCACAUGUUGUCCUAUCACAAAAGGGCCCACACAGGAGAGAAGCCUUUUAUGUGUGAGAGCUGUGGGAAAAGCUUUGCCUCUAAAGAAUACCUGAAACAUCACUCCAGAAUCCACACAGGCUCCAGGCCUUACAAGUGUGAACAAUGUGGUCGAGCCUUCGCCCAGAGAAACUCCCUCCACCAGCAUAUGAAGAUACACACAGGUGAGCGUCCGUACCACUGUACAGAUUGUGAUAAGCAGUUCACCCAGCUGAAUGCCCUCCAGAGGCACCAGAGGAUUCAUACAGGGGAGAAGCCCUACAUGUGUGGCCUCUGCAACCGUACCUUCACGGACAAGUCAACUGUACGGAGACACACAAUGACUCACGACCAAAACACUCCGUGGAAGAACUACCUGGUGGUCCUCAAGGACAACAUGGAGAAAAAGACUAAGAAACCCAGAAGCCUCGGUAGAAAGGUUAAAAUCGAGACGGUGGUUCGGGAGGUGGAAGGGGAUAGUGGAGUUGGAGGUAGGCUCCAGGAGGGGACCAUAUUGGUUCCCGGCGAUCCCAUCACUCUCUCAGCCAGCUGGGGCGACCCAGGGACCAUCGCCCUGGUCAGCCACACCACCCUGGGUGGGUUCACGGUCAUCCAGACAGAGAUGCCGGCCGGGACCCAGCUACCCAUGGUCACCACAGACGGCACCGGGGCCAGCGUCAUCUCUCUGGACGGAUCCACUGUCUCUGUCCCUUUUACUAUCCCUGUCUCUAUGUCCUCCAUCUCUGUGUCCUCGUCCUCCACUGGUGUCCUCCCUGUCCAGACUGUGUCUGUCUCUGUCCCAGUCACUGUUUCAGGGGCCAUAUUUGCCCCAGUUUCAGAGACCACUCUUUCGACUCCGUGUGUUCUGGAAACUGCGGUGUCGCAGACCAUCUUGGCUCCAGAUUUGGAGGCUGGGCCUGGUUCAGAUAUGACGGCCAUUACGGAUCCUGAGGAGGCAGUUUCAGAGUGUGCCCCUAUCUCUGAGUGUGUUACAGUGCAGACAUCAGAACUGGAGACUGAGACACAGAGCGCUGCUGUCUCGAAUGAGGAACAACACAGUGUACCAGAGGACAUUGGUACUGUGGAAGACCUGGAGGUGUCCACUGAAGACACUGUGGUGUAGGUUGGCAUGUAUUUCAAUGUACAUUCCCUUCCAUAUGUAUUUGGGCAUUGAAGAUAAUUCCUUUAAUUUGGCUCUAUGCUCAAGCAUUUUGGAUUUGAGGUCAAAUGUAUCAUACGAGGGGACAACAGAACACUACCUUUUUUCUGUUUACAAAAUGAAAGCGCUGUAUCGAAAUCAAAUCAAAUGUAUUUGUCACAUACAGUUUACAGCUGGUAUACAAGGUGCAGUGAAAUGUUUGCGCUAGCUCCCUCAAUGCAGUACAUCGAUCAACAAUAACAGUGACGAGUCAAGUAGAAAAUAACAAGUAGCAGAGGUAAUAUGCAUAGUAAUAAUGGACUGGAUUUACACUAUUUUCAAAUAUAAAGUAGGUUGUGGAAUCUAGAACAGCAGCAUUGAGUGUGUGAGCUCAGUGCUUGUGUGUGUGUUUAUGGGUGUUUGUGUGUAAGGGUUGAAUAUGUGUGUUGUCGGUGCAAAUCAUUUCUAAGGUGCCUAAUGCAAAUAGUCUCUAAGGUGCAGAUCUGUGCAGGGAGUCUGCUAGGUUUAUAUUUUUUGCAGUCUGGUGGCCUGGUGGUAGAAGCUGUCUCUGAGUCUGUUUGUCCGAGACCCAAUACUCAGAUACUACUUGCCAGAUGGUAACAGUGAACAGUCCAUGGACUCGGGUGACUGGAGUCCUUAAAGAUCUUUUGGGCCUUCCUAACACACCGGCUGGUGUAGAUGUCCUGGAGGGCAAGGAGCCCGCCCUCAGUUAUUCAUUAGGCCGUCCGCACCACCCUCGGUCGGGCCUUCCAGUUGAGGGCGGUGCGGUUGCCGUACCAGGCGGCGAUGCAGCCGUUCAAGAGGCUCUCGAUUGUUCCAACUUCUUUAGGAUCCUAGGGCCGGCCCAUGCUGAAUUUCUUCAGGUGCCUGAGGUUGAAGAGACGCUGCUGCUAAACCACGGCGGGGGUGUGAUUGGAUCAUGUCCGGUCCUCUGUGAUGUGCACGCUGAGGAACUUGGAAGCUUUUUACCCUUCUCCACUGCAGCCCGGUCCAUGACAAUAGUGGCGUGCUCCUCCCCUUGUUUCCUGUAGUCCAUAAUCAGCUCAUUGGUUUUGCUGACAUUGAGGCAGAGGCUGUUUCCCUGGCACCACUGACUCUCGUCCACCCCAUUUGAAGAAGUCAUAAGUAUUUGGACACAUUCACUUAUAGUGUAUUAAAAUUGUCAAAAGUGUCGUGUUUGGUCCCAUAUUUGUAGUACACAAUGACUACGUUAAGCUUGUGACUCUACAAACUCAUUGGAUGCAUUUGCAGUUUGUUUUGGGUUAUGUUUUGACCAAUGAACUGAAUGGGGAACGGUGUAUUGUCAUUUUGGAGUAACUUUUAUUGUAAAUAAGGAUGGUUUUUUUUCUACGUUAAUGUGGAUGCUACCAUGAUUAUGGAUAAUCCAUAAAUGAAUCGUGAAUAAUGACGAGUGAGAAAGUCAGAGGCACAAAGAUCAUACACCCCCCCCCCCACACACACACACACACAAAAUGCUAAACUCCAAUGUUAAUGGUGAGGUCAGCAUGUUCUGUCACCUUCUCACUCGUCAUUAUUCAUUCAUGAUUGUUGUUAAUCAUGUCAUUAUCAGGAUUCAUUUUGAAGUGUUGUGAAACAUCUUAUCUACUCACUUAGAAGUACAAUUACUCCAUUCACCAUUCAGUUCCUAUCAGGCAAAACAGAACAUAAACUGUAUUAAAAUACCCUCAAAUAAAAGGUGACAUUCUGUA